GUUAUCCAAUAGCCCCAUUUUGAGAUCGUAAUCACUUCUGAGUAAGCAAGAUGUCGAUCGUUUUAGAUGUUGUUCAAAAGAUGGUCCUGCAGGGCGUCUACGAAUUCACCUGUACUGCAGCGUUCCAGGUGUUCAAGAGACGCCCAUGUUUGGAAACAAAAAAACUAGAGGAUUGCGAGAUCUUACCCCAAGAGGUUGAAGAAGAGAUUGAGCUAGAAGCACCAGCAAUAAGCUUACAGUCAGCAGAUACUUCCAAAGAUGCCGAUCAACUAAAUCUGGAAAUUAAACCAGAAGUUAUACGCCCAGUAUCCCUGUGCGAUAUAUCUACGAAAAACAGUGGACCCAUCUAUCCGCCAAAAACGUCCUGCAUGCGUAUAGCCAGGAAUAGUUAUUUUUCAUAGCAUGCAAACACAGACUACAGUUAGAGAUUAAAGAACUUUAAUAGAGUAUGGGAUGAUCAACAACUUUGGUAACAAAUUGAACAAAUAACUUUUAUGGUUACGCCCAUUAAUUGAAUCAUUAAACCAAAUUCUUUGUAGCAUCUACCAAUA